CUGAGAUGAAAAUUGAAUCUUUUAUGCAGCCUGUAUGAUCAGAUAUUCAAGCUCGGCAAGUUAGUAGCAAACGCUGAUUUCCAUUUGUUCAAGGCUGGAGUUGAACCUAAAUGGGAGGAUCCUGAGUGUGCACAUGGAGGCAAGUGGACUGUUUCUGCUAGCAGAAAGACGAAUCUUGAGGCAAUGUGGCUUGAAACUUUGAUGGCUCUAAUUGGGGAGCAGUUCGAUGAAGCUGAUGAGAUAUGUGGUGUGGUUGCUAGUGCGCGUUCAAGGGGAGACAAACUUUCACUGUGGACAAGAAAUGCUGCGAAUGAGGCUGUGCAGCCAAAUGAUAUUAUAGCAGCCGAAUCUGAGGGAGCUAUGGCAAUAGGAGUUUGCACUGGUGUUUUCGGAAAGGAGGAGCUGGAGCAAGUCGGCAAUGGAGGUGCGGUUACGAUAGCAUGGAUGAAACUAUUUGUAAAUUAAUUUGAUCAAGUUUACACUUGUAACCAUGACAGAGUUAAUCACAUUAAUUCACAUUCUGCUUUUUACAAGGUUGCAAACUUGAUGAUCAA